GAACACGUCGGGCCGCCCUUGGCUCAGCCUCUGGACCGGGACCUCGAAAAAUUGCUUUUGGUGUUGCUCUUCUUAUUCUCCAACCAAAAAUAAACGCAGAACGAGCAGCGCUUUCAGAUUCCAAAGCCUCUUUUUUUUCCCGUGAGUCUUCCUUUCGUUCUUAUCCUCACCAUUACGUAUUCUCCCUUCUCUUUUUCCACCCCCCAGAGGAAGUAGAGAUUGAGAUCCUAUCAAAGGUUUGUUUUGUAGGAGCUGGCCAUGGCGUCGUCUGCCCAGCUUCGCCUCAUGUCUGAUCUCAAGGCCAUCAAAAACGAGCCUCCCGAGGGUUGCAGUGCGAGUCCCGUGUCCGACGAGAAUUUGUUUGUCUGGAGCGCGACCAUAUUUGGUCCUGAUGAAACCCCUUGGGAAGGUGGUGUUUUUGCCUUGAGGCUGACUUUUGGUGAUAAUUAUCCGGAGAAACCCCCUCGGGUCCGGUUCACAUCGGAAGUGUUCCAUCCAAAUGUUUAUAAUGAUGGUACACUAUGUAUUGAUAUCAUUCAGGAUGCCUGGUCACCCUGUCACAAUGUUUGUACAAUUUUAACAUCAAUCCAGUCACUUCUUACUGAUUCUAACCCAGCAAGUCCUGCAAAUCCUGAGGCUGCUCACUUGUUCCAACAUGAUAUUCAGGCAUAUAACAGGAGAGUGCGGCGAUGUGCUCGCAGGUCCAUUGAAUCUUCAUAAUGAUCUAUUGGCUGCCAGUUUCUUCUGCAGGCAGACAGUUUCUUAACUCCUAUCUCACCAUUAACAUUAGCUACUCCUGACAUCUAUGUCUUCAGAAUAUUAAAAUAAGACUAAGACUUGUUGGUCUAUUGGGCUUUGCCCAUAACUUUUAUAACAUCUUACUUGAACAUUUCUGGAUUUGCUGUAUCAAAUUUGAUUUAGCAGUUGUCUCCUUAUUAGGAGAGACAUUCAAGUGCAUGGAUUAUUGAAUGUAUGGAGAUAGCCAGAUAGGGAUAAUCAAGUUAAAAAUCAUCAUCUAUGGAUUUGGAGAUGGAUGAUGAUUUUGACUUGAUAUAACCUUUUUUUUAAAAAAAAAAAUCUUUUCAAUUAAAUAUGUUUAUAACUUAUGGUCGAUAGUGAUUUAACUUUGAGAAACUUCUGGGAUAGAUAAUGAUUUCUAUGUUAUUUUGAAUUUUUUCAGAGGUUUAUGCUUCUUUUGUGAAAUCUAAAUGAAAUAUGAUAAAAUUGUGACACAGACAUUGGAGUACAUCUCAAAUAAAGUGUUUUUUAAUAGUCUCUCCUAUUUAUUUUAAAGUUUUGACCCUGAUUCUAUCUUGAUAUAUGUAAUAAGCAUGACAUUAGGAGCUUACUGUUCAUUGGCAGUGUUAAGCAAGGCAGCUCUGCAACUUUGAGAAAACAUAGACUCCAAAAUGAGUUCUUGAUCAUUUUUCUAAACUUUCUUUAUUCUGAAUGGACUCUCUUAUUUGUAUUUAUUGCCCUUCUUUGGAUAAUCCUAUUUUGUAAUCCUUCAUACGCUUAAUGAAGUUUGGUGCAGUUUUGCUCCUUUUCUUAAAAAAUAAAGAUACUAGGAGCAUAGAGAAAAAAUACCGGUGGUGCAAAUUUCCUGAGUUUCAUUUGGAUUUGGACUUUGCAAGGUUUAUUUUGGCAAAUUCACUUCAGAAGAAUCUUCACAGUAUGAUAAUCAUUGGUUUGCAUGGUGCCGAGCAACAAACAGUAUAUAUGCUUUUGCGAAAUCACAAAAAACUAGCAAAAUAAAUGCCCACUGCUUCUUUGUGCAACCACCAUAAAAGACCAGGGAAAUGAUUAUGCCAUAAGAGAUUUGAUCUACUGAUUUUAUUACAUGGCAACUCUCCACCCAUUAUUGUGUCUGUGUGUUAUAUGUCCUUUAUGUUUGUCUUUUUCAUUAUUUCCCUCUCCCUCAUUUUUCUCGAGUAAUCUCAAAGUGCUUCUAACUAUUGCAUUAAAAAUUGCUAUAUUAGCAUGGAUUUGGAUGAUAUCUUGACACCAUGGGAUAACUGAUGAGGAUUUCAUCCUGGCUUUCCCAUUUUAAUAUGCAAGCAUCCAUCUUCAAUGGCACUUGAUCACCUACUAUUCCCCUGUUCAACAGAACCUACCCUUGCCUAACCAGGGUAUUGUUACCUAGUCACCCUAAAGGGCCAAGCGGCUGCUAUUUUGGUUACAUUGUUAUCAGAAAGUUAUAUAUAUUAUUGUAUUGGUAUGGUUAUUGUGAUUCCACCAGCAGGAUGAUAAGGAUAUCUAAAACCAAAAAAAAAAAAAAAAAUCAUAUACAUAUGAUAUCUUAUCUCCAUAGUCCAAAUUGAUGUUCUGAAAUAGAUGUGGAAGGUACAAAUAUGAUUGCAUAUUAGGUGGUUCUGGUAAAGUAGCUAUCAAAUUUGUUUGCUCAAAAAUCAUAUACAUAUGAUAUUGCCAUGAGACUUUAAUCUUUUAAAAUAUUCUUAUUCCGUUUCAAAACUAUUAAAAUUUCAUUUUAUGAGCUUUUUUCUUGUCUUUCUUUUUUUUUUUCUUUUUUUUUUUAAGAGAGAGAGAGAGAUGUAGGAGCUCUUUAAGAAGGGCAGUGCAUGGAACUCAUUUUAAUAAAGGGCAAAGCUUAAAUGCUCCAAGAACAUCUUCUUCGCAUGUUAGAAAAAACUACAAGUUUUGGUUUUGUCUCCUUUAAUUGUCAUGCAACAAUCAAAGCCUGUUGGCCAAAACUUAAUUUACGCUCCCUUGGUUUGAUGACAAUUUGAUCGCUACUCCCGGACGUGAGUGCAAAUAAAAGACUGAACGUGUACGUGUACAUAAGAGUGGAGCGAACUAUGCUGCUAUCACAAAUCGCACAGGAAGCUGGCAAGGCCUGGAACGGGACACAACAAGCUUACUGUUAGAGGUUGGGGUGUUCAUCAACACCAUAACUAGCAUCCAACUUCUCCUCCUAGCUUUGUAUUUGUUGAAAGUUCAGGGACUACAACGUGAACAACGAGAUGCUUCAUGGCUCAUUCCAUCAAGAUAGGCUUGGAAAAGCUAUGAGAGAAUACAUGUUUAGUUAAUCCCUGCAGCUGGAUCCUUCUGCCAUCCAGUUUGUGAACGAUUAUAAUAUAGAAGAUGGAUGCGAUCCAAAAAAGUCCACUCUAGAGAUGUAUAUCCGCCAGUGGGAAGAACUGGUACACAAGCUCAUCAUGAGGAAGAAUGAGAUUCUCCCUCUCGUGUUAGCUGUAAAUUUAUGGCUUGUAAAUACAUGAUUUAAUUUUGUUUUCCCAAUUUUAUGCUGUUUCAUAUGUUAAUGUGUUUUCAGUUCUAAAAAGAAAAUAUAGUGAACUGGAUGGUCUUUCUCCUCCUCCUUUUGA